AUGCACAUGUUGGAUCUGGUCACCGGUAUCGCGAUGGCGUCGUCGUCGGGCAUGGAAAUCAGUGAGCCCUUCCGCACGGAGGAUCUCUCCAAGACGGACUUUUUCGACUUUGUCACCGGCUCCGCACCGGAUAUGGCCAUCAGCAGUAGCAGCGGUGGCAGUGCCAACGCCAGUGGCAACGUCAACAGCAACCGGGUGAUGUCGGGUGUCGGCCUGGGUGGAACGGUGUCCGACCGACCGCCCCGUAACGGGAACGCCGACGGAACGUUGGACGGAUCGCCUGCCAAUCGGAGCACCACCAGCACGGUGGCGGGAAACCCCACCGGCGACGUCAACGAUCAGCCACUGCAAGGAUUCGAUCAGUUCUGGGGCUCCGAUAAGGAUGCGAACCGGCUCGAUCCUGCCAUGUUCGAGGACCUGAACCGCUACUGUUGGAUCCAGCAGAACAAUAACAACAACAACCACCACAACAACAACAACAACAGCAGCACCAGCAGCAGUACUGCCAAUAACAACAGCACCAACAACAACGGACCGCUGAAUCAUCAGGUGGCUGACACCGAUGGGCAGAUCUACACGCUGACAGUAUUAAAUGGAGCACCGGAGCCUUGGGUGUUGCGUAAGGACCCAACCACCUCGGAGCCCGUGGCACCGGCCUCGAAUCUCGAUCUCGACACGAUCCUGGGCGGCUUUCCGGGCUACGUCAAGACGGAGUGCUUCUCGUACGAUGACAGUGGCUUCGGGACGGACCACCACGCGAAAGAGGACCCCCAUCAGCAGCAGCAGCAGCAGCAGCAACACCAGCAGCAUCUGCUGGUGCAGCAACAGCACCAGCAUCUCCAGCAACAAGUACAACCUCAGCAGCAGCAGCAGCAGCAGCAGCAGAUGCCGGUCACGUCGAGCAACAUCGUGCUGUCGAGCAACCUGCUCGACCCGAACAGUGUCCUGGCGUACCAGAACAACAACAACAACAACGAUUGGCAGAUGUCGGACCACAACGUGAUACAGCAGGAAACGCCGGAGUCGCUACUGCGCAGCGCGCUGCAGGGCAAGGGCUACACGAAAGGGAUGCUGCAAAACGGGGCGGGCGGUGCCGUUACUGUGCUGCCGUCCCCCGGCCACCUGAAGGACGACGAGCUGCGGCGCGUCCUCUACGCGACCCACGGCGAUCCGACGGACUCGCUGUCGGCGUACGCCGAUUCCACGCUCACCAGCGGCAUCUACGACGAAUCGGUCCUGCACUCGCCUGUCUCGACGAACCAAUCGGUGCAGCAACAUCACCAGCAGCAGCAGCAGCAACAGCUCGCCGGGGAGCUGGGUGGUGGACCUGGGGGGCCCGGCUCCGGUCCCGGGAGCGUCGUCGUGGACGACAUGUUCCUCACGCUUGAUGCCGCCUUCACCGAGGACUACGAGAAGCUGAAGCGGAUAGCGACCGAGGUGCAACAGUUUUGCACCGACAACAACAACUACGCCGAGAUCAUCGUCGAGACGGGUUCGUCGGUCGGCGGCAACCUCGGGCACGGUGGCACUGCACCACCGAGUCUGCUGAACAGCAACAGUGGCAGCACCGUGGCCCCUGGCAACAACCACCACCCACUGAUCCUCUCGUCGCCCACCGCACCGACGGCGGCCCCGGCCGCGGGGCUGCAGCAGCGACAACCGACCGUUUCGACGACCACCUGCUCCGACGUGGUCACGACCACGUCCACCACGAAAGCCAAGGCGCCGCGGGCCAAGAAAAGCUACAAACGAUCUCUCAGCACCAGCGCCGGCGGUGCGGCCGGUAACGCGAGCGGAACCGGUGCACCGAACCCCAGCAGCAGCAGUGCCAUCCUGGCCACCGGCAACACCAACCUAACGUGCCUUGCCACCCCUCACAGCAACCACAACAACAACAACAACAACACGAACAUGAGCAACCUCAACGCGAUGCUGAGUCCCGGAAGCGGAAGCGGAAGCACGACCACGUCCACCACCACCACCACCACGACGAGCCCGACCCAGUGCGGGAAUGGGCAGCGGAAGGAACGUUCGCUGCACUACUGCUCGAUCUGCUCGAAGGGCUUCAAGGACAAGUACUCGGUGAACGUGCACAUCCGGACGCACACGGGCGAGAAGCCGUUCGCCUGUUCGCUCUGCGGCAAGAGCUUCCGCCAGAAGGCGCACCUGGCCAAACACUACCAGACGCACCUGGCCCAGAAGAACCCGGCGGCCGGCGCCGCACCGCCGAUCCUGACCGAUCCUUCCGGUGUCCCACCGUCUGUUCCACCACCGCCACCGCCUCCGCCACCACCGGGCCUGCUGGUCACGGGCCCCGUUGGGCCGCCACCGAUCGGAGUGGACAGCCAGCGGCUCGACAUGUCCCCGCCGUUGCUCCUCAACCCCGCUACAAGCGUCGCGAACAAUGCAACCGCCCCGCCGAUCGUGGCCAGUAGGUGA